AUGUUCACUCCACGCCUUUCAGUCUUCUUCGCCCUGAUCGCCCUCAUAAUCUCAGCCCUAGCCGCAGACAGCAUUCUCCCCACAUCCGCCUCCAGUACAUUCCCGCAAUGCGGCCUGUCCUGCACCACCCUGACAGGCGCGCAGACUUCCUGCGAAUCAGGCGACGCCUCAUCCUGGACCUCAUGCUUCUGCCAGUCAGCCCUGCUCACCGGCCUUAAAUCCUCCGGUAGCAUCUGUUCCUCCUGCAGCGCCGCCGACCAAGCCACUCUCUCAACCUGGUAUAACAACUACUGUAACUCCGGCGGCAAAGACACAUCCGACAACGACGCCAACACCGGCACCACAACAACUAAGACCUCAACUGAGCCAGCCUCUACUAAUCCCGGUGAAUCCGCGUCCAACUCCGCAAACACGAACAAAUCCCCCGCUGCGACAGAGGAGAAGAAGUCAUGGUGGAGUUCCCACUACCGCUGGGUCAUCAUGCUCAUCGUGCUGGUCAUCGGAUUCACCAUCAUCGCCGUACUGGGCGUAUGGUUCAAGCGUCGCUACGAAGCAAAACGACCUAAUCUUUACGGCGGCGGUAGCAGCGGCAUGCUGACCGCAGCUCCGCCCCCUCCGCGCGAUGCCGCCUGGGAUUCCGGUCCCGCGCCGCUACCUGUGUCGCGCGGCCUUGCCCCUGAAUCUCUCGCUAGUAGCUCGCGUUCUACAAUGGCCAAGACUAGCACCCCUGUCCCCGGGGCCCGGACUCGAUUGACGAAGAUCGAGCAGGGGUCGGGGGAUGUGGAGAUUCGGCAGGUUUAA